AUGACAAUGGAGACCCUUCUGCUCUAUCUGAUGGUCCUGGGUGCAGCUGUCAAGGCCCACAAGGUUCAAGUCUGUCCCAAGCGUUGCGUGUGCCAGAUGCUCAACCCCAAUUUGGCCACACUCUGCGACAAAAAGGGGCUCCUGUUCGUGCCCCCCAACAUCGACCGCCACACGGUGGAAAUGCGCCUGGGGGAUAACUUCGUCACCAGCGUCAAGCGCAAGGACUUCGCCAACAUGACCAAACUGGUGGACCUGACGCUUUCUCGCAACACCAUCGGGACAAUCGUGCCGCACGCUUUUAAGGACCUGGAGAACCUGCGGGCGCUCCACCUGGACAGCAACCGGCUGACGCGCAUCACCAACGACACUUUCAGCGGUAUGUCCAAGCUGCACCACCUCAUCCUCAACAACAACCAGCUCACCCACAUCCAGAUCGGCGCCUUCAACGACCUGACGGCGCUGGAGGAGCUCGACCUCUCCUACAACAACCUGGAAAGCGUUCCCUGGGUGGCCAUCCAGAGAAUGUCCAGCCUCCACACGCUCAACCUGGACCACAACAUGCUCAGCUACAUCCCCGAGGGGACCUUCUCGGGCCUGCAGAAGCUCAAGAGGCUGGACGUGACCUCCAACAAGCUGCAGAAGCUACCCCCGGACCCGAUAUUCCAGAGAGCGGGGGUCCUGGCCACCUCGGGGAUCAUGGGGCCCACAUCGUUCGCGCUGAGCUUCGGCGGGAACCCGCUGCGGUGCAACUGCGAGCUGCUCUGGCUGCGCCGGUUGCGACGCGAGGACGACCUGGAGACGUGCGCUUCGCCUCAACACCUCGCCGGACGCUAUUUCUGGACCGUGUCGGAGGAGGAGUUCCUGUGCGAGCCUCCGCUCAUCACAAGGCACUCUCAGGAGCUGCGGGCCCUGGAGGGUCAGAGCGUGACGCUACGGUGUAAAGCUCGGGGGGAUCCGGACCCCAUCAUCCACUGGAUCGCCCCCGACGGACGCCUCAUGUCUAACUCGUCGAGGGCCUCCGUGCACGCCGACGGCACUCUGGACAUCCUCAUCAGUACAGUCAAGGACUCAGGUUCCUUUACUUGCGUGGCGUCCAACCCGGCCGGCGAAGCCCAGCAGAAGGUGGACCUGCUCAUCGCGAAGCUGCCGCACGUCAUCAACAACACGGCCGCCGACCGGGAACCCGACCCGGGGUCUUCGGACAUCGCCACGGUGACCAAGACGGGGGCGGAGGGUCCGGGCGGCGGGGUGCCCCUGGGGAACCCCAAGACCGGCCAGGAGAAGAAAGUGGUCAUAGCCGAGGCCACGUCCACCUCGGCCAUGGUCCACUUCAACUUCCAGAGGAACAUUCCGGGCAUCCGCAUGUUUCAGAUCCAGUACAACGGGACCUACGAUGACUCGCUGGUGUACAGAAUGAUCCCGCCGACCAGCGAGAGCAUCCUGGUCAACAACCUGGCGGCGGGGACGCAGUACGACCUCUGCGUGCUGGCCAUAUACGACGACCAGGUCACCUCGCUGACCGCCACGCGGGUCAUCGGCUGCGUUCAGUUCACCACCGAGCCGCAGUACCUGAGGUGCCACUUCAUGCAGUCCCAGUUCCUGGGCGGGACCAUCGUGGUCAUCAUCGGGGGGAUUAUCGUGGCCUCGGUGCUGGCGUUUAUCAUCUUUCUCAUCGUGCGGUACCGAGUCUGCAACCAGGGAGACGCAGACAAGGCUCUGGAGAUGGGCGACAUUCGUUCCCUGAGCAGCGACGGUCAACUUCAGGGCUGCGGACUCCCCAAAUCUCUGUCCAAGCAGAUCCUGCGUCCGGAGAAGAAUGACAAGGAGUGUCUGCGAGUGGCUCUACCGCCCCCGGAGCCGUCCAAGCAGCGAGCGCCCGUCGUGAUCGCCGCCCCCAAUGCCGCCGCCGCCGCCAAACCCUCCCUACCCGACUGCACCGUGUCCACCUCGGCCGCCAGCCACAGCUGGCACCCGGCUUCCCCCGGCGCCCCGAGGGUAAAGCGUGCCGGCGCCCCGUCAAAAACCUCAGACAUCCGGCGGGCCGAGGCGAAAGCGGACGUCCAACUCAACAACGUCAACCGCAAUAACUCGUCAGAGGCCAAGAUGGCGCCCGUGGUAUCCCGCGCCCAACCGACCAAAUGGACUCAGGGUCCCAGGGUCCCGAGGGCGCAGCAGGUCCCUCGCCAGUACAUGACCGUACCCGCGGGGGGCGUCAGGGUCAAUCGCAGACACUCCCUCAACGCGGACUCGUCCAGGGAGCGCUUGUACGUGGCCUACCCCAAAACGGGGGCCAGCCUGCGUUCCAAGCGCAGCUUGUCCAUGAGCGGCGAGCUACCGCAGCUUCAAAACGCCGCAAACGUUCAUCGGGCUCGCGCCAAGCUGUGCCGCUCCGAGUGGCUCCUGGAGAGCACCUUAUGAUUCGGAGUUUACCGACUUGUUUUUUUCCUCAACUGGUUUUGCGGCCCGCCCGC